ACAAUAUAGCGUUAGAGAUGAGUUGUAUAGGGGAUUCGCAAUGUUUUUCACACUGAUAAUGGGAUAUAUUCGCAACCGUGAAGAUAUUGAGGGCGAUGAAAAGGGAGUCUGAAAUAUUAUAUACAUCUCACAUUACAAAAUCAAAGUAGCCUACCUUGGGUGGUUGGCAUAGGCACUCUUGCAACAUUCGUCUGUCUCUAAACGGCAAGUCGCUAAAAAGACCGUACACUUCCUGGAGGUUUAGAGUAACGUAAAAUAGCUUUAAAUUUAUUAUAAAUAUACCGCUAUUCGGUAAAUAUUAUUCAUGGAACUAUACAAGUGCCGAUCGUGCGUUUUGAAUAGAAACGAGGAUUAUUUUUCAACUUCUAUCGUGAUAUACCACUGCCAUCUACGUCAACACUCAAGAACUGGUGUUCCCUAUAUAUACUAUUGCCAACUGGAUUUAUGCACAAAAUUUUUCUCAUCAUACAAAACAUUGAAACGCCACUGCCAACGAUCUCACGCGGACUUGGUGUGCAGUUACAAAGAAUGCAAUGAAGAUCCUGAUAUCCCUGAUAAAUCUAACAUUCAAGAAACGGACUCUGUGGCAGAAAUUCAUGAUGUAUCUGCAACUGGAACUAUCGGUAGUUCGGAUGAAUGGCAGAGAGAUGCAGCAUUAUUCAUUCUACAAAUUCGAGAAGUACACAAUUUGACUGAGCAAGCGACUACCGAUGUUAUAAGAAAAACGGAGCACUACAUGAAGUCUCUGUAUCGACAUAUCAUUGAUCAAGUGAGGCAGAAGUUUCCACCUGACGUAUUCGACAGAUUCAAGCAAGUCGUCGAUGAGGCAGCCGGGCCAAUAAUCAACCAGUUUUCCUCAGUUUCGACGUCUUAUAUGCAAGACAGAUUCCUGGUAAACAAUUUUAAUAUGAUUCUGCCAGAAGCAGUGGUCAUAGGAACGUCAUUGGAUUUCAAAGAAACUCAAAAAGACAGGCGAGUUAUUGACAGGCCCCACAUUAUGCAAUACAUUUCUCUUGAAAAAACGCUGAGAAUUCUAUUCCAGGAUGCAUCAUUUUUUGAAAUGUAUGAAUCCUACAAACUGCAGGAUAAUGUCACGGGUAUCUUGACGGACUUCAAAACAGCUAUUGUCUGUCGUCGCCAUAAAACAUUUUCCGCGGAUGUAGGAGCUAUACAAGUUCUUUUAUAUUUCGACGACGUGGAACUCUGCAACCCUCUUGGCAGUAAGGUCCGCAAACAUAAAAUAUCAUUUUUCUAUGUGUCUUUUGCAAAUCUCCAUCCAGAAUUACGAUCCCGUUUUUCUGGUAUACACCUUCUAGCUAUUGCGCUUACAGAUGAUCUUAACAAGUUUGGUAUUGAUAAAGUACUAGAACCGUUUUAUUCUGAAAUUGAACUCUUGAGUGAAAAGGGAAUGAAAUUCGUUACUGCCAAUGGAAAGAUCAAAACUUUGAAAUGCGAUUUGGCUUCUGUAAUAGCUGAUACACCAGCAGCGCAUCAAAUUUUAGGUUUAAAAGAGGGAGUGGGAUUCGCCUAUAGGAAAUGCAGGAAAUGCAUGGCUAUAAACGAAACGAUACAGACAUCACAUAGAGAGUGUGAUUUCACUCUUCGGAGUUGUGCACAGCAUUUAUCUCAAUGUCAAUACCUCAACAAAACUACAUCGGUAGCUUAUGGUAUUAAUCGUAAAUCGACUAUUUUUGAUCUCAAAAACUUCGACCCAUUCACCAGCGUACCGCAAGAUGCAAUGCAUGUCAUCUUGGAAGGGUGCAUUCCCUACACUCUGCAACAAUUAUUACAACAUUUACUCCGGGAGAAACAAUUGACAUUGCAAUUUAUAAAUCAGCGCAUAGAAAAGUUUCCAUAUGGUUAUCUCGACCGUACCAACAAGCCUAGUCCUAUUAUCGUCACAAGGCCAAAUGGGGAAGUGAAGCUACGACAAUCUGCUUCUCAAAUGUGGCUGCUCGGUCGAAUUUUACCGUUUUUGUUAGGCGAUACUGUUGAUCUAGAAUCUGAGCCAUGGCAGUGUUUUGUAACGCUUUUAGAGAUUACCAGCAUUGUUUUAUCUCCGGUUAUUUCCGAGAACAUUCUUCCUUAUUUGGGACAUUUAAUAGCACUGUACUUGCAAGAUUUUCGAAGUUGCUUCCCGGAGGCCAAUCUCAUCCCAAAACAACAUUACCUUGUGCAUAUUCCUUCGGAUAUAUAUAAUCUUGGACCAUCAUCCAGAAUGUGGUGUAUGAGAUUUGAGGCUAAACAUUCGUUUUUUAAGGGACUUUCGAAGUCGAAAACGGCAUCUUUCAAAAAUAUCACCAAACAUCUGGCUUUCAAACAUCAAAAAAAUUUUGCUAUGUUACUUGCCAGUGGCCAAGCGUUUUAUCACACUGAAACUCUCGGACCUACCCUAAAAGUCGAUUGGUCAAUGUCCGAUGAAUUAACAUCGUAUUUAACUGAGAAGCGAAUAACUAAUAUUGUUGCGUGGGUUAAGCCGAAAGGUUGUAUUUUUCGUCCUGGAUGUUUUGUCGUGUAUAGCGUAUUGAACGAUAUGCCCGUUUUCGCCGAAGUGUUAGCAAUUUCAAAAUUUUCAACGAUUUUGUUUGUUGUUCGUGAAUAUUGCACUAAAGGGGUGGAUGAAAAUUUGAAUGCAUAUUAUAUAGAAAAGGGACGAACUUUAAGCCUUAUUUAUUAUCGAGAACUAUUAUAUUUCGAUGCUAUGAUGUCGUACAGUCUGCUAGAAAAUAUCUUUUUACCUAUCAAAGUUGAUUUAUCAGGAUGCGUGGAUCAAUAUUUGAAACAGCGUCUUCUGCUCUGAAUCACAAAUAAAAAAUUUGUUAACAGAGCCCGAACAUGUUCUAUGACUAUUUUUAUCAAUUUUUUAACUGUUAAAUUUUAUGACUUCUAAUCUUGAAGGUGUGUUUCGUAAAAUCUCGAAUGGUGUAGUCAUUCAAGUUGAACUGACGUCAUAUAGUUUCUAUAUCGAUAAAAAUUAUAUGUAAACGACUAUUUUUCGUGUACGAGAAAGGGAAAUAUUAUUGUCCCGAUUGUUUACUUUAUUCGCAGUAAACUUUAUAGCCACGUUCGUAGCAUAUCAAUUUCAGAUAAAUUAUUGUUAAUCGAGGCGGAUAAUUAAUAACCGCAGUGGGUGACAUU